UGCGCCCGGGCGAGUGCGGGGCGAGGGGCCCGGGGCCAGCACCGAGCAGGGGGCGGGGGUCCGGGCAGAGCGCGGCCGGCCGGGGAGGGGCCAUGUCUGGCGCGGGCGCAGCGGGGCCCGUCUGCAGCAAGUGACCGAGCGGCGCGGACGGCCGCCUGCCCCCUCUGCCACCUGGGGCGGUGCGGGCCCGGAGCCCGGAGCCCGGGUAGCGCGUAGAGCCGGCGCGAUGCACGUGCGCUCACUGCGCGCUGCGGCGCCACACAGCUUCGUGGCGCUCUGGGCACCCCUGUUCCUGCUGCGCUCCGCCCUGGCCGACUUCAGCCUGGACAACGAGGUGCACUCGAGCUUCAUCCACCGGCGCCUCCGCAGCCAGGAGCGGCGGGAGAUGCAGCGCGAGAUCCUCUCCAUUUUGGGCUUGCCCCACCGCCCGCGCCCGCACCUCCAGGGCAAGCACAACUCGGCGCCCAUGUUCAUGCUGGACCUGUACAACGCCAUGGCGGUGGAGGAGGGCGGCGGGCCCGGCGGCCAGGGCUUCUCCUACCCCUACAAGGCCGUCUUCAGUACCCAGGGCCCCCCUCUGGCCAGCCUGCAAGAUAGCCAUUUCCUCACCGACGCCGACAUGGUCAUGAGCUUCGUCAACCUCGUGGAACAUGACAAGGAAUUCUUCCACCCACGCUACCACCAUCGAGAGUUCCGAUUUGAUCUUUCCAAGAUCCCAGAAGGGGAAGCUGUCACAGCAGCCGAAUUCCGGAUCUACAAGGACUACAUCCGGGAACGCUUCGACAACGAGACGUUCCGGAUCAGCGUUUAUCAGGUGCUCCAGGAGCACUUGGGCAGGGAAUCGGAUCUCUUCCUGCUCGACAGCCGCACCCUCUGGGCCUCGGAGGAGGGCUGGCUGGUGUUUGACAUCACAGCCACAAGCAACCACUGGGUGGUCAAUCCACGGCACAACCUGGGCCUGCAGCUCUCGGUGGAGACGCUGGAUGGACAGAGCAUCAACCCCAAGCUGGCGGGCCUGAUUGGGCGGCACGGGCCCCAGAACAAGCAGCCCUUCAUGGUGGCUUUCUUCAAGGCCACAGAGGUCCACUUCCGCAGCAUCCGGUCCACGGGGAGCAAACAGCGCAGCCAGAACCGCUCCAAGACUCCCAAGAACCAGGAAGCCCUGCGGAUGGCCAACGUGGCAGAGAACAGCAGCAGCGACCAGAGGCAGGCCUGUAAGAAGCACGAGCUGUAUGUCAGCUUCCGAGACCUGGGCUGGCAGGACUGGAUCAUCGCGCCUGAAGGCUACGCCGCCUACUACUGUGAGGGGGAGUGUGCCUUCCCUCUGAACUCCUACAUGAACGCCACCAACCACGCCAUCGUGCAGACGCUGGUCCACUUCAUCAACCCGGAAACGGUGCCCAAGCCCUGCUGUGCGCCCACGCAGCUCAAUGCCAUCUCCGUCCUCUACUUCGAUGACAGCUCCAAUGUCAUCCUGAAGAAAUACAGAAACAUGGUGGUCCGGGCCUGUGGCUGCCACUAGCCCCUCCGAGAAUUCAGACCCUUCGGGGCCAAGUUUUUCUGGAUCCUCCAUUGCUCGCCUUGGCCAGGAACCAGCAGACCAACUGCCUUUUGUGAGACCUUCCCCUCCCUAUCCCCAACUUUAAAGGUGUAAGAGUAUUAGGAAACAUGAGCAGCAUAUGGCUUUUGAUCAGUUUUUCAGUGGCAGCAUCCAAUGAACAAGAUCCUACAAGCUGUGCAGGCAAAACCUAGCAGGAAAAGAAACAUGCAUAAAGAAAAACGGCCGGGCCAGGUCAUUGGCUGGGAAGUCUCAGCCAUGCACGGACUCGUUUCCAGAGGUAAUUAUGAGCGCCCGCCAGCCAGGCCACCCAGCUGUGGGAGGAAGGGGGCGUGGCAAGGGGUGGGCACAUUGGUGUCUGUGCGAAAGGAAAAUUGACCCGGAAGUUCCUGUAAUAAAUGUCACAAUAAAACGAAUGACUGAAAAUGGUUA